AUGACCUCCGAGGGCGGGCCGCCGCCGGCCCCGCUCCGCCGCGCCCGCAGCCCGGGCCCCGGCGCGCUCCAGGCCGCCCUGAUGAGCCCGCCGCCCGCCGCCGCCGCCGCCGCCCUGGAGGCCGCCUCGUCUUCGUCGUCGUCCGCCUCCUCCUCCGGCGCGGCCGGCGCGGCCCCGAACGCCUGCAAGAGCGCGGGCGGCGGCGGGGGCGCGGGCGGCGGCGGCGCGGGCGCCAAGAAGGCGAGCUCGGGGCUGCGGCGGCCCGAGAAGCCGCCCUACUCGUACAUCGCGCUCAUCGUCAUGGCCAUCCAGAGCUCGCCCGCCAAGCGCCUGACGCUCAGCGAGAUCUACCAGUUCCUGCAGGCGCGCUUCCCCUUCUUCCGCGGCGCCUACCAGGGCUGGAAGAACUCCGUGCGCCACAAUCUCUCGCUCAACGAGUGCUUCAUCAAGCUGCCCAAGGGCCUCGGGCGGCCGGGCAAGGGCCACUACUGGACCAUCGACCCGGCCAGCGAGUUCAUGUUCGAGGAGGGCUCGUUCCGCCGCCGGCCGCGCGGCUUCAGGCGGAAGUGCCAGGCGCUCAAGCCCAUGUACCACCGCGUGGUGAGCGGCCUGGGCUUCGGGGCCUCGCUGCUGCCGCAGGGCUUCGACUUCCAGGCGCCCCCAUCGGCGCCGCUCGGCUGCCACGGGCAGGGCGGCUACGGCGGCCUCGACAUGAUGCCCGCGGGCUACGACGCGGGCGCCGGCGCCCCGGGCCACGCGCACCCGCACCACCACCACCACCACCACGUCCCGCACAUGUCGCCCAACCCGGGCUCCACCUACAUGGCCAGCUGCCCGGUGCCCGCCGGGCCCGGGGGCGUCGGCGCGGCCGGGGGCGGCGGCGGCGGCGGCGGCGGCGGCGGCGGCGGCGGCGGCGGGGACUACGGCCCGGACAGCAGCAGCAGCCCCGUGCCCUCGUCCCCGGCCGUGGCGAGCGCCAUCGAGUGCCACUCGCCCUACACCAGCCCCGCGGCGCACUGGAGCUCGCCCGGCGCCUCGCCUUACCUCAAGCAGCCACCCGCCCUGACGCCGGGCGGCACCCCCGCGGCCCCGGCCGGCCUGCACACCAGCAUGUCCACCUACUCGCUGGAGCAGAGCUACCUGCACCAGAACGCCCGCGAGGACCUCCCAGUGGGGCUCCCCCGAUACCAGCACCACUCCACGCCGGUGUGCGACAGGAAAGACUUCGUCCUCAACUUUAACAGCAUCUCCUCCUUCCACCCCUCGGCCAGCGGCCCCUACUACCACCACCACCACCACCAGAGCGUCUGCCAGGACAUUAAGCCCUGUGUCAUGUGA